UUGCAGCGCAUUGUCUGGCAUGAGACUCACACCCAGGAGAGCGCAGGCUGGCUGGGGCUCGCGGGCUGUGCAUCUGACCCAGCCCCCUCGCCUUCCCCUUCCCCCCGCUCCUCCAAGCGCAAAUUAAUUACUUGAUUAAAAAAAUAAAUACAAAAAAAAAAGUUUGCAGCCCCUCCCUCUCCCCGCCCCCGCAGCAAUGGGAAAUUCCUUCAUGGCACAGCCGCGACAAUGCCUCGUGCAGGGGCCGCCUGCAGACGCGAGGCAGCGAAGGGAAGACUAGGGAGGGAUUUUUAAUUCCUUUGGGAGCAAUCAGACCGUGUGUGUAGGGGCAGCCUAGCUCCCUCUGGUCCAUUGCAUCUCUUGGAUUGCUCACCACCUCCUUGAUUCAAGCAGAUCGCGACUGCAGUUGUCUUCAGCCUUUCCCCCUAGCUCCCUUCCCCCCCCUCCCUGCCUUGCUUUGCUCACCUGGGAAGGUGAAGACUGCAUCUCCAAUAUUGGGACGGAUCCUUGCUGCAAUGAGACCUGAGCUGAGUCUUGAAGACAGCGACACUGGGAUCGGCAGAUGGUGUGUGCUUGAGCCACAAGACCAGCUCUAAGUUGCUACAGAUUGGCUACGUAUCUAUUAGGAGAAGAUGGCCAUCUCCUUGAAGAUCUGCUUCUUCACUCUUGUGCUCCUGCCUCUGGUCGCAGCGACGCACUCAGACUGCAUCAUCAGAAAGGAGCAGGAGGCCUGUCUGGAGAAAAUCAAGAGAGCAAGUGCCCUCAAUCCACGGAAUGAGUCUUCCCCAGGAUGCCCUGGGAUGUGGGAUAAUAUUACAUGCUGGAAGUCAGCGAGUGUGGGCGAAAUCGUCUUUGUCAAGUGUCCUGCUCUGUUCCGAAUUAUUAACUCUGAAGACGGUUGGGAAGUGGAUAACAUGGGGCAAACUCAUCCAGGUGAUUUUGACCUAUUGGAUAGCACAGGCCAAACUCCCUUAGAUGUAGGGGUCAUCAGCAGAAACUGCACAGAAGAUGGCUGGUCUGAACCUUUCCCUCAUUAUUAUGAUGCCUGUGGGUUUGAUGAAAAUGAAACGGAGUCUGAAAAUCAGGAUUACUACUACCUCUCUGUGAAGGCUCUGUACACAGUGGGAUACAGCACGUCCCUUGUAUCCCUCACCACAGCAAUGGUUAUUCUGUGUCGUUUCAGGAAGCUUCACUGCACUCGGAACUUUAUUCACAUGAACCUCUUUAUUUCAUUUAUUCUACGAGCAAUAUCAGUCUUCAUCAAAGAUGGGAUUUUGUAUGCAGAACAGGAAAGCAACCACUGUUUUAUAUCUACUGUGGAAUGCAAAGCAGUGAUGGUCUUUUUCCACUAUUGCGUCAUGUCCAACUAUUUCUGGCUGUUCAUUGAGGGAUUGUACCUUUUCACCUUACUGGUGGAGACCUUUUUCCCAGAGAGGAGAUAUUUUUAUUGGUAUACCAUCAUCGGCUGGGGCACCCCAACAAUUUGUGUCACUGUCUGGGCUGUGCUGAGACAUCACUUUGAUGAUACUGGCUGCUGGGACAUGAAUGAUAACACUGCCCUGUGGUGGGUGAUAAAGGGCCCCGUGGUUGGAUCAAUAAUGAUAAACUUUGUUCUUUUCAUUGGUAUAAUCGUUAUCCUUGUGCAGAAACUCCAGUCGCCUGAUAUCGGGGGCAACGAAUCCAGCAUUUACUUCAUGUUGCUGGAAAGAAAGGAGAAACAUGGCAUAUACCAUAGCAGCUGCGUUCAGAAAUGCUACUGUAAGCCCAAGAGGGCUAACCAGCACUCUUGCAGGAUGUCAGAACUAUCCACCAUUACCCUGAGGCUGGCCCGCUCCACUCUGCUGCUUAUCCCCUUGUUUGGAAUUCACUACACUGUGUUUGCCUUUUCUCCUGAAAAUGUCAGUAAACGGGAGAGACUAGUGUUUGAACUGGGACUGGGAUCUUUCCAGGGCUUUGUCGUUGCUGUUCUUUAUUGUUUCUUGAACGGGGAGUUUCUCCCUAAAGGUGCAAUCAGAAAUAAAGAGAAAAUGGAGGAGCUGGAAAGUCAACCGGUAUUUUGCUGUGGAUUUCAAACAUCGCCAUCCCUCUCUGGCGAGCAGCGGAGUGAACGGGGGGACACAACUCUCCAUUCUGAGCAAGAGCAGCUCUCAGAUUCGGAUGUCCAGCAUAAAUGCGGAGAAUCUAGCGACAUGAGCAACUAAAUAACCCCUCCCCCCAAUAAAACCCAAGACACCCCUUUAAAAAGAAAAAACAUCAUAAUUUUAGUGGUUUGGGUUUUCUUUUUUAAUGAUUAUUAUUAUGAUUUUUUAAAUGUAAGAUGUGUCCACAAGCAUGAAACAAAACAUCCCUGGCGUUUUGCAGAGAAGAAAAAAAGGAUAUUUUUUUAACUAUCAUUGUAAAUAAACCACUAAGAUCCAUGCCAUUGACAAAAAAAAUAAUCAAUAAAAUGCCACGCCCACCCCCACACACCCAUUUUGAGCAUCUGCGAGUAAUCCAUUGUCAGCCAAGUGUAUCAAGUGAUUGCUGUGCAGUUGUGAACAUUGGUUGCCAAACUGAUGUAAAUCUCUCUGUGCAUAGACUUCAUUGUUGUUAUUUUUGGGGUCUGGGUUUGUUUGUUUCUCUAAUCCAAUGCAUCAUCACUAUGUCUCAUUCCCAUCUUUGGUGUCUGAAUAUUCUCGGUCUCUUUGGAGUCUUAGGAUAUAGCUAUAGCGUUGGGGUUAAUAAUGCCGGUCAGUUCACCAAGGACUCCGGAAAUGGAUUUCAUGGCUGGAUUUGGUCAGAAGAACUCAGCGGACUUAGAACAUCUUCUGUGACUGAGUGAGACAGCAUACCUGUCACCAUUCCGGAGAGAGGAAUCCAUGCAGCAGAGAUGGGGGCUGCUAUUUUAGGUUCUAGCUAAGCUGUGAAUUUUAUAAGAGGGCCAUCCAUUUGAGAGAGAUCUAUAUUUUUGGGGUCGAUAGGUUGGAGUUUUGAGUAAUGUGAACAAAGAUUCCCCACCCCCACCCGCCAGAGGCAAAGGUCAGUUCCAGGAGUCUCGCUUCCUCUGAAUUACAUUGAAGCUCCUGCAUCAAUGUCUGAUCAUUGCACUGCGACUGGUAGUGGCAUGACGUGUGUGUGACCUCUGUGACCAGGCUGGCGUUGACAGUGUUUGCCAGCACAAGAGACACAACAGAAGUCCAACAUGGUGGUACAGGAAAAUUAAUGUCCUCAGUGUCUGUGGAGCACCUAAGGUGAACAGUCAGACACUAUGGAAGGGAAUGAUAAAGACUUUGGAUGAUUGACCAUAUCUGGCAGUUUCUUCUGUCAUUGGAUCUUUUGUUUGUUCACCAACAGAUAUUAUUAAUGCUAAUGUCAGAGAGACAAAAGUCCUUUCCAACUUUGCCUUGCAGUAGAGCCACGACUGGAUACAUAUCUACUUCAGUCAAACAUCAAAUGAUGUCAAUUAUUUCUUGAGAGGUUUUAUGUGGUGCAUAAAGGCUUUAAGGACUGUAUUUGUUCUCAUUUCUUUGUGGAUUUAUAUGUGAGUGUAUUAAAAAUCAAAAUGACAUUUAAAUAUGAUGGUUUGAACUCAAAACUAACAGCAACCAGGGAAUUCAAAAUUAUGGUUAGCUCUUUGUUCUUAAUUGAAAUGAAAAAGAAAGUGUGUGUGUGAGGGGGGGAAGAUAUAGACACAACAUUUUCCCGUCGGCAGAGAUUUUGAUUUCACUAGGUUUUGUUAGUUUAGUUCAAAACUUGUAAUGUCAUUUUAAAUAUAGUUUUUUUUAAAAAAAUAGUUUCCUUGUUUUUAAAAGGAAAAAGUCAUGAAAAGUUAUGAAAGAAGUAUUAAUUAUAAUACUUAACACUUAGUGCUUUAUGGGACUUAUUCUGCUCUUAGUUACAGCAGUGUAAAUCUAAAAUAAUCCCAGUACAGUUAGGGGUCAAUCCUGCAAUCCAUUGAAAUGGAUGGAUCACUUGAUGAUCACCUGUUCUGUUCAUUCCCUCUGAAGCACCUGGCAUUGACCACUGUCGGAAGACA